AUGACCUCAAAUAUGCACAUAGAAGGCCAGACUACAAAGAGAUAUGGCCUGCCUCUGUCACAUCUAGAGUACAGCUACAUAGAGAAAUGUACCAGUGUAAAGGAGCUAGAGAAAAUUGUGGCAGUCUUGAGGUCUGGAGAUGAAGGAAAGUUCCCAGACUUGGAGGUGUUUGCAGAGAAAAGACUUGAAGCACUGAGCCCAAAAAGCCGUGUUCUGAAUAAAGAACGUCCAAUACUGCGCCCAGGUGAUCUUGAAAGUGGGGAUUGGAGAACCAUAGAGGAUGAACUAAAGACAUGGACACAUUCGAUGCAGGAGAAAGAUGCGAACAUACCAGCGAAAGCUGCUGUACCCAAAGAUCAGGAUGAUAUUGUUGAAGUUGAUGAAAAUCUUCCUCCUGUCCGUUCCUCGAAUAUUGUUCUGAAAGGGAAAAAG